AUCAGCAGGCGCAGUGGAUUGGCGUGCGCACGCCAGUUACUAGCCCAUCAUGUCUUCAGGUGUUGCGGUCUCCUCGGAAUGCUUGGAAGCAUUCCAAACGCUCAAGCUCGGCAAGAAGCUCAAGUACAUCAUCUACGGGCUCAACAAGGACAACACCGAGAUUGUGGUCGUGAAGACGUCCGACUCGGCAGACUACGACGAGUUUGUAGGCGACCUGCCGCCUGCAGAUUGUCGCUGGGCAGUGUACGACUUUGAAUACGAGCAAGCUGGCGGAGGUGGCAAGCGAAACAAGCUCGUCUUCUACAUGUGGUCGCCGGACGAGUCGAAGAUCAAAGCCAAGAUGCUGUUUGCUUCUUCCAAAGACGCUCUCAGGCGUUCACUCGUCGGCAUCGCGACAGAGAUCCAAGGCACAGACUUUAGCGAGAUUGCGUAUCAGACUGGUGCGUCAUUGCGCGCUCAUUUCUUGACAAGGUCAGCCGAGGAACCUCAUAGAAUGCGGCGUUUGCGCACCCACGCGUCCUGUCAGGAACGACAGCGACGAAAUGCCAUGUUACCUGCUGUCUGCUCUCCUGGUCGCGCGCGCUUCAUCUGA